AUCUCUUUUAUAUAUGGAGUCAUCUUGAUCUAUGGGCCACUCACCCUCUGUUUCUCCAUAACUUCUCUCUGUGACCUCCUCUGUUUCUUUCUCUCUCUUGCUGUGUAGAAGCUGUUUUUGAGAGAAAGAAAGAUAGUGAGGAUGGAAUUGGAGGGGGUGGAGUUGGAGCAUGUGCUUAUAGGAUUGGGUAUGGGGGUUCUGGGCUUAUACCAUGGUUGGCUUGUCUUUACAAUUCGUCACAAUCCUAAAAGAACUGUCAUUGGUUUGAAUGCUGAGAGUCGUCACCAAUGGGUCUUCUCCAUGAUGGCUGAUCCGCUAAAGAAUGGUGUUUUGAUAGUUCAGACGAUACGCAACAACAUAAUGGCAUCGACACUUCUUGCAACUACAGCCAUCACUCUUUGUUCGCUGAUCAGUGUUUAUGUUAGCAAUGAAUCAAACUCCAAUCACAACUCAUUAUCAUCAUCAUCGUCGUCACAGUUACUUAAUGUUGGCGAUAGAACUCCCAUUGCAUCCUCCCUCAAGUACUUUGCAAUCUUGUUCUGCUUCCUUGUUGCCUUUCUUUGCAAUGUGCAGUGUAUCAGGUAUUAUGCACAUGUAAGCUUUUUGGCAACCUUGCCUACGUCUAAGGAUAGGAGAGAGUCUAUUGAGUAUGUUGUGGCAAACUUGAAUAGAGGAUGCCUCUUUUGGUCACUUGGAUUAAGAGCUUUCUAUCUCUCUUUUCCUCUAUUCCUUUGGCUGUUUGGUGCCAUACCCAUGUUUAUUUGCUGUUGUGUUAUGGCAUUUCUGCUCUAUUUCUUGGACACCACUUCAAGUGUUACAAGGCAACUUCAUAGUCACUCUUUCAUUGAGGAUCCAAAAGCUAAUGAUGUGUCAUUUCGUCGACCCUUGGAAAAUGCAUGGAAUGAGGAUUCAAAUCUCGAAAACCCUUUACUAACAAGCCAUUGCCCAGACUCAGAAUCGACAGUUGCUUGACAAUAGUAAACUUCUGUCUUCAAAUUUCUUUGUUCUCAUAUUUCAAAACACUCAAUUAUUAGAUCAUUAUCAUGUAAUUACCAUAUCUUGAAAUUUUCAAUGGUUUAAUAGUUGUGAAUGUUUUGAAACAGAAGGACAAAGAGAUUUGGAGGCAAAAUCAUGUUGCUUUACAACUUACAUUCUUGCGGUCUGUAGUUAGAUUAUGAAUUUGAGUAGAGAUUUGGUAAGAGAGAGAGAGAGAAAUGCAUGCGAAAUUGAUAAAAAAAUUUUUACUUACAUUUUUCUCAUAUUUUUUGUUCUUUUUAAACUUCUAUUUUAAAUUCAUAAUUAAAAAAAAAAAACACAAACAAAAGGUGACUUCUCUGUAUUAUCCUCAAAAUUGUAGUGUUGAAAAGAAUAUUAGAAUGGGAUAUCAUGCUUGUUAUAUUA